AGUGCCACAGUUGUACUUUGAAAAGCACAGUGAUAUGAUGUGUGAUAAUUUUCUGUGUUAUUAUUUAUUCUUCUUUUAAAGAAAAUAUAAUGUUAUCUCUGAGCAACUAGUAAAAAUAAUCAACAGAAUUAUUAUGGACUACGACUUUUUCUGGAGAAAGAUUCAAGAAGAUUUUGGAGAUAUUUCUCCUCAUUUGCGCAACAUAUUAAGGAUUCAAAACCUGUGUAAUAAAUCUUUAACCACGUUGAGCCGAGAUUCUCUACAGGCAAUUGUUCACGAUAUGCGUAACAUGGCUGAUUUCCUGUCCCAAGAAGCGUCCAAAGGUGGCCUUCCCUUAAGCAACAUUUACGGCGCAAGGUGGGCAAAAGAUCCCAAGAAUUUUACCUUUUUAGAGGGGGAAUCUUUAAGUCUCGUGCACUUGGCAGAGCAUUUGAAGAAAAGAGAUAUCACCAAUUUUCUAAAAUUUUCAAGAAGCCAAUCUUCAGCUACUGCAAUCGCCCUUCAACCACCUCACCUCUCGCCCAAAAUGCAACAAUCAUCGCAACAUCCUGCCGAGUCAACGGAGGAGUUCAAAAUGGGACCAACUGAAAUGCAAAUACUCGGUAAAAUCCAACGAUUCUAUUCAUCACAGAAUGUCCAUGAUCCUGAAUUUGAGAGCUUUCGAGCCAGUCUUAGUGAUCUGAAGGUGCGAUUACUCCCAAUAACCAAUGGGAUUGAACGUGCAGCCAUCACGUGUCCGGUGUGUACGCGGGAGGGGCGACAGUGCAAGAAAAUAACGCUAAAAAGGGACCAACACGGUAAUUGGCAUAUUUAUAGUUUCACGCGUCACUGUCACAUGCUCCACUGUAUGCCGAAGGGAAGUAGAAAGCGACAAUACUCCGAGAUUGAAGAUGCGGACGCGGAGAGCCUCGAGGAUGUCCCCGUGGAUGCAGAGACCAUCAAGAUAGAAUUCGAAGAUUCAAACACCGAAUGGUGUAAUUAAACAACCGUGAAAAAUUAUGGAAUUUAUUUUUCCUUGGCCAGAAAUCGACUACACAAAACAAUUCAGCACGUGCUCGACAUGACAUGCAUUCAAAUGUACUGGAUGGAAUUUUUUUCGGUAACUUGAGUAGAACCAUCAUGGACACUGCUACAAAAUCUUGAUAAAUUUCGAUAAUACAACCCCUCGAACGUAUCAUUUGUUUGUUAGUUCCAUAACAGCAUACGACCGAAUGGAACGCAACAUGUAGCACAAUUAUUGCAAAAACUUGAUGAUUUGAUCUAGAAUCAUAAACGUGAAUUAACUGUAUUUAAACAUAUUGUAAUUCAGUAUCAUCUCUUCCAACCAAUUCACUUCUGUUGCGUCCAUCACAAUUCAAUGACAUUAUCUGCUUAUGGUUCUAGCGAAAGGAAACACAAAAUCUAGACAUUUUAGAUUUCAACUCUGUGGUACUGCUGGAAGCGUUGAUGAGUCGAUGGUAUUACGUUAAGUAAGCUCCUUUCCGACAUUACAACAGUGAAAACGACGAUUUUCUUGCAAUUGGAUUGCUGAGGCGGCAGGCACUGCCAGUAAGUCAUCACGCAACGAUGGGAGGUAACAAAAUUGAACGAAUAAAAGGAAUUUUUUCGUAAGCAGUAUGAGUUUGAUUAUUUGAAGGGCUCAGUGCAAGAACGGCCCAAGUCAAAAAUAUCAAAAGUGGGUUAAUCACAAAUUGUUGUAUGUUAUUAGAUAAUGAAUGCAUGACUUCUGACCAAAAUACUUAAUUUGAAGGUAUUUAUUUGAAUAAAAAUAUUUUUUAGCAUUCAAAAAAAUCUUCGAAAAUUCGAAAGGAAGAACGGCCCAAGUCGAAUUGGGC